UGGAGCCAAUAGGGAAAGAGAUUGACGGGAGGGGGGAGCUCAGGAGAGGAGGGUUUGCGAGCGCCGUCUUCCCUCACAGCUUCGCUUUCCCCGUUGCGCGAGGAUCGCCACUCCGGCCCGCAGUCUCCACGCCAUCCGCUGUGUGAGGAAUGAUGAUGGUUCCAUGAGAGAACUUCCUCGCGUCUUUCGCUCGCCCGACAGCUCCUAUUGCGUGCUGCUCCUGGACGGUGAUGAGCCGAUCAGCUGCGUUGGGAUUUCUACCGUGAAGAAAGGAGAGGCGGAAUAUGACUUGUAGACAUCCUCUCGAGCUGCUUGUGCAUUGUUUUUACUGCAUCUGUAUAUAAACCUGCUAGUAUCGAGCGCACGCGCUCUUACGCCUACGUGGGUAUUCCUGCGACUGUGCCCCGGGACUGGUGUUUCUCACCGCCAUGGCUUCGGUGUGGAAAAGACUGCAGCGUGUUGGGAAACACGCAUCCAAGUUCCAGUUUGUGGCCUCUUACCAGGAGCUGAUGGUGGAGUGCACCAAAAAAUGGCAGCCAGAUAAACUAGUGGUGGUUUGGACAAGAAGAAGCCGAAGAAAAUCCUCUAAGGCUCAUAGCUGGCAGCCUGGAAUCAAAAACCCAUACCGUGGAGUGGUGGUAUGGCCUGUUCCUGAAAAUGUUGAAAUUACCGUGACGCUUUUUAAGGAUCCUCAUGCUGAAGAGUUUGAAGACAAAGAAUGGACGUUUGUCAUAGAGAACGAAUCUCCUUCUGGACGCAGAAAAGCGCUUGCCACCAGCAGCAUCAACAUGAAGCAAUACGCAAGCCCCAUGCCUACACAGACAGAUGUCAAGUUAAAAUUCAAGCCUUUGUCCAAGAAAGUAGUAUCUGCCACAUUACAGUUCUCUUUAUCUUGUAUUUUUCUGAGGGAAGGGAAAGCCACGGAUGAAGACAUGCAAAGCCUGGCUAGUUUGAUGAGCAUGAAACAAGCUGAUAUUGGAAAUCUGGAUGAUUUUGAGGAAGACAAUGAGGAAGAUGAAGAAAACCGAGUGAAUCAAGAGGAAAAGGCUGCAAAAAUUACAGAGCUUAUCAAUAAGCUUAAUUUCCUGGACAAAGAGGAGCAAGACCUGGCUGACUCUAGUAUGAACCCUUUUGGUGAUCCUGAUGCAGCCGAGUUAAAUCCAUUUGGAGAUCCUGAUGUAGAAGAACUGGACAGUGAGAUCGCAUCAUCUUCAAAGACAGAAGAAGGCUUCUAUGUUGACAGUUACAAUCCCUUCAAGGAUGAAGAUGCCCCGGAGUACUUGAACCCAUUUGAUGAACCAGAUCCUGACCCCGAAACAUUUGUAACCAUAAGAGAUUCUCCUCCUCAACCUGCAAAAAGGAAAAACGUCAGACCAGUGGAUAUGAGCAAAUACCUCUAUGCAGAUACCUCCAAAGCUGAAGAGGAAGAACUAGAUGAAUCAAAUCCGUUUUAUGAACCAAAAUCAAGCCCUGCUUUAAUUAAAGUUGGUCCACUGCAAGAACCAGAAAAGAAGAUGAAAAGAAAGGCUCCUGAACCACCAAACCUCUUGCCAAAGACAGAGACAAACGUGAGUGAGAACGUAUCAGCUGUUCCUGCAUCGAGAGAGCUUUCUUCUUCUCCAAAGUCGAGCCCAAUACCAAGUCCCGUUCUGGGGAGGAAGCCAAAUGCGAGUCAGUCCCUGCUCGUGUGGUGCAAAGAAGUUACAAAAAACUAUAGGGGAGUGAAAAUCACCAAUUUUACAACAUCGUGGAGAAACGGGCUCUCCUUCUGUGCAAUACUGCAUCACUUUAGACCGGAUCUCAUUGACUACAAGUCCCUGAAUCCUCAAGAUAUUAAAGAGAACAACAAAAAGGCGUACGAUGGGUUUGCCAGCUUAGGAAUAUCACGAUUGCUGGAGCCUUCUGACAUGGUUCUGUUAGCAAUCCCUGACAAGCUGACUGUGAUGACCUAUCUCUAUCAAAUACGGGCGCAUUUCUGCGGCCAGGAAUUGAAUGUGGUUCAAAUAGAGGAGAACAGCAGUAAAAGCACAUACAAAGUGGGUAACUAUGAAACGGACACCAACAGCUCCGUGGACCAGGAGAAGUUCUACGCAGAGCUGAGCGACCUGAAGCGGCAGCCUGAGCUGCAGGCGCCGGACGGCAGCCUGGCAGACUUUGCUUCUCAGGAUGACUCUGUGUUUGUGAACGACAGCGGGGUCGGGGAAUCCGAAAGCGAGCAUCAGACUCCUGAUGACCACUUAAGCCCGAGCACAGCUUCCCCUUCCUCUCGCAGAACUCGAAGUGACACGGACCCACAAAAGUCCCAGCAGAGCUCUGGAAGGACUUCUGCCUCUGAAGAAGUUGGGAAGUGCAGCAGUACGGAUACAACACAAGCACAGCCCGUGGUGGGAAAGAAGAAAUUGCUGAAAGCUGACACUUUAGACUUAAGUGACUUGGCACAUGUCAGUGAUCAGAAAGAGGAUGCGUCUCCCACGGUUGCAUAUGAAGAUAACGACAAAAAAAGACACCAGAGUUCAGACUACACCCCUGGUUUCUCAGAGCAGGGAAAGCUGGGACAUACGGGAUCCCCAGAGAGUGUGAGAGAAGAUCCUGGAUCACGUGGCAUGAAGCCGAGUUUAUCUCCUACUUCCAACCUUGGAUACUUUUAUAAUAAGGAUGUGGAUCUUGCAAAGAAACCAUGUGCUUCUCCGAGGCAAGCUGAAUCUGAUUCUGACAGUGAUGCCAGAAUGGCUUCAAAUCAUGCAGAUCCAGCUGCAAAGACAGCCCAGCAACGAAUGUUGUCAAGACAGGAAGAACUUAAAGAACGAGCAAGAGUUCUGCUUGAGCAAGCAAGAAGAGAUGCAGCUUUAAAGGCAGGGAAUAAGCAACUAACCAAUACGAUCAUCCCAGCCCGCAAUAAGCAGCUGAAUGAUCAGCAAGAUGAAGAGCGGCGUCGGCAGCUGAGAGAGCGAGCUCGUCAGCUAAUAGCAGAAGCUCGAUCUGGAGUGAAGAUGUCAGAACUUCCUAGCUACACUGAAAUGGCUGCAGAAAAGUUGAAAGAAAGGUCAAAGGCAUCUGGAGAUGAGGAUGAGGAUGAUGAUAAUAUUGAGAUAGAUACUAACGAGGAGGUUCCUGAAUGCUCUGUUACUGGAGGUGGAGAUGAGCUUACUAACCUAGAAAAUGACCUUGAUUCAACGGCAGAACAAAACAGUAAGUUGGUGGAUUUGAAGCUGAAGAAGACCCUAGAAACUCAGCCACAGGUGGCAAAUUCACUCUCCAGUGCUGCUCAGAAAGCUGUAACUGAUAGCUCAGAGCAAGAUGUUAAGCAGAAUGGAACAGAGGAGCAUCGUGCUGAGCGAUUACAAAAAGCAGCAGAACGUUUUAGAAAUCCUGUUGUGUUCAGCAAGGACUCCACCGUCAGAAAAACUCAGCUCCAGUCUUUCAGUCAGUAUGUGGAGAGCAGACCAGAGAUGAAAAGGCAGAGAUCAAUACAGGAAGAUACAAAGAGAGGAAAUGAGGAGAAGGCUGCGAUAACUGAGACUCAGAGGAAGCCAUCAGAAGAUGAAGUGCUUAAUAAAGGGUUCAAAGACACCAGUCAGUAUGUUGUAGGAGAAUUGGCAGCACUAGAGAAUGAGCAAAAGCAAAUUGACACCCGUGCCGCGCUGGUGGAGAAGCGCCUUCGCUAUCUCAUGGACACAGGAAGAAACACGGAAGAAGAGGAAGCUAUGAUGCAGGAGUGGUUCAUGCUGGUUAACAAGAAGAACGCCUUGAUAAGACGGAUGAACCAGCUUUCCCUCCUGGAAAAAGAGCACGACCUAGAGCGGCGCUACGAGCUGCUGAACCGGGAGCUGCGCGCCAUGCUGGCUAUCGAAGACUGGCAGAAGACGGAGGCGCAGAAGCGGCGGGAGCAGCUGCUGCUGGACGAGCUGGUGCUGCUGGUGAACAAGCGGGACGCGCUGGUGCGGGACCUGGACGCGCAGGAGAAGCAGGCCGAGGAGGAGGACGAGCACCUGGAGAGGACCCUGGAGCAAAACAAAGGCAAGAUGGCCAAGCGGGAGGAGAAGUGCGUCCUGCAGUGAGCGGCCGCCCCGUCCCGCAGUGCCGAAACGCCGACGAGAGGCUGCAAAGAAAGAAAAAGAAAAAAGAAAGAAAAAGAAAAAAAAAUGGUUUUGCAAAAAAAUAAAAUGAAAUAAAAUAAAAUCCCCCCCACACACACGCUCUCCCCCCGACCCCCCCCCCCCCCCCAAUUCCCUCAGGCCGGAGCCGGCGGGUCCCGUCCGGAGCUCCGCGCAACCCCGGGUUCGUGGUGUAGGGUGAGAGGGGCCCAGGGAAACAACACCGACCCCACGGGGAGGGCCCUCCCGGCCCCGGCCCGCACCCCCCCGCUGUCCCCGCGCCGUAUUUAUUGCGCCGGGCCCCGCGGAGCCCCCGUUUAUUUAUUACAGUGCCGAGAGACGGAGAGAGCGUUUUCAAUAAAAGCCGAAUCUUUCUUACCGGA